AUGCCACCCCGACCGAUCGAUAUGUCGCUCGAUUUACAGCAUACUACGAAAGCCGUGGUGGCGUGGGCAAUGGAGGACGGUACGAUGCAGUUUUUGACCAGGCCGGAUCCGAAGUCGAGUGUCAUCACGCUCAAGACGUGGUUUAACGCUGAGGCUGCUUUUUUUGAGCUGGCUGUGCCUAUCAAGCUCAAGGGCGUUGGUGUCGUCGCGGAUGCCAUUCUUCGAGUUUGUGCGUCAUCCAUCGUUUCUCUUCAGGCUGUCAAGAGCCCGAGUGUCCCCCCGGCAAUAGGAGAGGCGUUCAAGUCCACCACGCUGAGUCUCGACUUUACAUUGAGCCGCCCUCCCGCCAUAAUUGUCCACGCCGCUGCUACCGAGCCGUUAUCUCCAUCGAAAAGAUCCUCCGGAGUAGUCCUCGACGCUAUACGCCAUCUAUCCAAGACCACUGCCUUCUCCGUCCACAUCGAUGCUCGAGAUGCGCCGCCCAACAUGCAACAAGUCACCGAUGCAGCCAGUCAAGGUCUCUUCAGGUCCUGCAGCACCCGAUACCAUAUCGCCAGUUUGUACGGCGGCAUCGGAGGCAAGCUCGCUGACUCGGCAGACUCAGCCGAUACAGCCCCGCCUCCAUCUUACCAAGAAACCACAACAUCCUCCCCUCCGCCUCCCCUGAUCCAGCAGCCCGCUAGCAAAAAGCGCCCUCGCCAAGAUACCAACACCGAUACCGAACGCGACGACAUCAGCCUCCUCUGGGGUGAACUCCGCGCUAUUAAAGAAGCGCAAAGCGGGGUCGACGUCAAAAAAGUACAAGGUCGAGUCGAAGCCUUGGAGACGGAGAACCAGAAGCUGAAGGAGCAAAAUAAGGAGCUGGCCCAAAGCCUGGUCAGUCUCCAAGAGCGAUACGACGCCUUGGAGGAUCGUUUUGCGGCCCUUGAUUCCAAGAAUGACGAGCUUGCGGAAACCUAUGACCUCGCGUUCGCGGAUCUGGGUGAGAACAUUGACAGGCUUGAGGGUGUCGUUGAUUUCGUCCACGAAGGAGGGGUUCGUGACGAGUCACUCAAGGUCAUUAAAGACGCUGUUGUCCAGGAGAUUAUGACGCGGCUGGCCAAUGGGUGA